AUGCCAUCCCCUUCCUCUGGCCUCCCUCUCCCAUUCCCUUUCCCCCUCCCUCUCUGCCUCCCGCUCUGCCUCCCUCACGCCCUUCCUCUUUCUCACCCUCCAUCCCUCUCUACAUCUCUCCGUCCCACUUUCCCUCCCUCUCCCGUUCCCACUCUCCCUCCCACCCCCCUCCCUCUCUCCCUCCCUCGUUCUCACCCUCUCCCUCCCCACCGCUCAAUCCAUCUCUCCCUCCCUCUCUCCUUCCCUCCCUCUCUCCCUCCCUCCAUCUAUUCCUCCAUGUCUCCCUCCCAUCUUCUCCACCUCCCUCUCUGCCCCCCCCCCACCCCACUUCCCACAUCCCUCCCCGUCCAUGCGCACAGGCCAUCAGACACCACCGCAAACCUCGACGACAGCUGGCACAUCCCCGAGCCCUCCGAUUGGCUCUCCACAUCAGCCACCACCACAACCACACCAUCCACCGCACCCGUAAAUGCACCCGCCGCUGCUGCUGCUGCCGCUGCAGAUUCAGCACACUCCAGCACGCACAGCAGUAGCGCUCACAGCAGCAGCGGCAGAGGCCGGCCCUCCCGCAUGGGUCUCACCCGGGGGACUGCUGCGGCUGCUGCUGCUGCUGCUCCUCCUCCUUCUCUCGAGCCUAAACCAGAUGCUGCCGCUGCUGCUCGCGUUCCUGCUUCUGCUGGAGGGGGAUGGGAUCCCGAUUGGGACGACAUCCCUGGUGCUGAUGGGGAUGGCUGGGGCAGCAUGUCUCCUGUUAGAGACGUGGAGAAGGGUAGGCGAGGGGGGAGUGUGAGCGGGCCGGGUGUGGGGGGGAACAGUGGGGGAGGGGGAGGGUCGGGGGGAGUGUGUGGUAGUGCGCGCGUGUGGAGCGGGGUGUGUGUGGUGGUGGUGCUGUUUGCGCUGAUUGUUGGGGGGUUUGAGCUUUACUCCACUGUGCUUGGGCCUGCUGGGUGGAAGCCGCCUGUGCCUCUGCUGCUUGUCGAGGGGGUGGAUGAUGGAGGGGCGGAGGAGGCGGAGGAGAUUCUGAUGGCGCAACUGGGAGGGGGGGAGGGGGGAGGGGAGGGGGAAGGGGAGGGAGGAAGGGCGGAGGGCGUGGGGAAGGGGAGAGGGAAGCGGACAGUGGAGGGGGAAGGGAACGAGGUGGCUGCUGGUGCUACUGGUGAUGAUGAUGUUGAUGAUGGUGCUGCUGCUGGCGAAGGGAGGAAGGGCAGAGUUGACUCGCAAGAGGGGGAGGAGGGUGCGGUUGAGGAUGAUAUGACGGGUGUGGAAAAGGGUGAGGACAGAAAGAAGGCAAGCAGGACGAGUGAGACGGGUGGGAAGAGCGGGAAGGGUGGGAAGGAUGGGAAGGGUGGGAAGAGCAGUAUAAAGUAUGCGAAUAUUGAAGAGACUGCAGGUGAAGGAGAUGAAGAAGGUGCAGCAGAGGGGGGUGACGAGGGUGCGGGUGUGGGUGAGGUGGAUGGAGGGGAGCGUGCAGCAGCGCGUGAAGCUACUGUCCUGGAAGGGGAAGACAAGGGAGAGGAAGAAGAGGAGGAUGGGAACAAGACAGAGAAGAAGGUGACUAAGAAGAAGACGAGAGGCAAGGAGGAGACGAGCAGAAGUGGCGAGGGGGGAGUGGGGGAGGAUGAUGACAGUGCAGGAGAGGAGAGCGAAGAGGGUGAAAAGGGGCUUGGAAAGGCGACGGUUACAAAGAAGGGGAAGAGUGGGUCGCAGAAGACGAAGGGGACAAAGGGGACCAAAGGGACAAAGGGGAAAAAGGCUGGGAAAGAGGUUGAGAGUGAAAGCUCUGAGGCGGGUGAGGAGGAGGAGCCAACACUGACUGGAGGAGAAGAGGAUGGGGAGGGAGGGGAUGAAGCCGCUGAAGAGGAGGGGGUGGGGACAGCGGAAAGGAAGGUGCAGAAAGUUAAGAAAGGGGCGAAAAGGAGUGUGAUGAGUGGUGAUGGAGCGACGAAGAAGAGGGUGAGAGUGGGAGUAGAAAAGACAGGAAGAACGGGGGCGAAGCAAGCGGGUAAGGGCGUGGGUGGGAAGGGAGAAGAAGACAAAGAGAGUGAGGAUGGAGCGCAGGAGGGUAAGGAUGGCGAGGGAGAAAAGAUUGGAGAUGGGAAGGGAAGCGCAGAGGAAGCAGAGGAGGGGAGGGUGGUGAUUGAGCCGGGAGUGGUGAUGAGUCAUAUCCCUGUGAGUAAGAAGCCUGUGAUGGUGGCAGGUGAUGAGGAGACUGUGGGUGCUGACCCUGUGGAUGAUGAGGAGGAGGAAGAGGCUUUGGCAGAGGAGGGAGAGGAGGGGGGAGAGGGAGGGGAGGGAGAAGAGGGAGGGGAGGGAGGAGAGGAGGUCGGAGCGAGGAGGAAAGGAAAGAACAGCAAGGGGAAGGAAGCAAAACGAGAAGUUUUGGAGGGGGGAGAGGGAGAGUCGGAAGGGGAGGAAGGAGAGUUGGGGGGUUUUAAGGUGAAGGCAUGGAGGAAGAAGAGCAAUGGACAGGCGAAGGAGGGGAAGAUGGCGAAGGAGGAGGAGGGGAUUAAGGAGGCUGAAGAUGGUGGUGAGGAGGAGAAGCAUGGAGGUAGCGGCUCACUGCGGGCUGGGGUAAAGGAGGGCGAGGAGAUGGGAGAAGAAGGGGAGGCUGGCAGGCACGAGGGUAGUGGGAAGGUACGGAAGGGUGCAGGGGGUGAACAGGGAGAAGGUUUGGUGAAAGGGAAGCGAGAGGAGGAGGAGGUGGUGGAGGAAGAGGAGGAGCAAGGCGAGGAGGCAGGUGAGGAAGGGGAGGAGGAAGCGGGAACGAAGGCAAAGAAGAAGGUGCAUGGCCCGAGCAAAGGACACGGCAAGGAAGGCGCAGCAGCUGAAGGAGAAUCGGGUAGUGUGAGGGGGAAAGAGAAGGAGGAAGAAGUUUCUGAGAAUGUAAAACAACCUCUGGACAUUGUGGGGAAGAAAGAGAAGGAGAAGGAAGCGGAAAGAGAGGAUGUGGGUGAAGGGGCAGGUGGCGGAAGUGGAGGGAAAGGCGUUGCAGGGACUUACGGGAAUGGACCACCGGAGAGUGAUGCAGGAAAGGUGGUUAAAGUGAAGGCGGAAAGGAAAGCAAAGGGAAAAACGGAAGAGGAAGUGGAAGGAGAAGUGGAGGGGGAAGCGGAGGGGGAAGCAGAGGGAAAAGUAGAGGGAAAAGGAGUGAAGGAAAGGGGUGAAGGGAAGGAGAAGAAAGCAGCACAAGGUGAGGAUGGUGCAAAGGAUGGUGCAAAGGAUGGUGCAAAGGAUGGUGCAAAGGAUGGUGCAAAGGAUGGUGCAAAGGAUGGUGAGGAGGAAGUUGAGAGUGCAGGGGAUGAUACAAAGGGGCCGGUGGCAGGUGCUAUUGGCAAAGAGAAGGUGAGGAAAGCUGCUGGGGGAGCUCAUGGUGAGGGAGAGGCGGAGCAAGGGGAGGUGGGUGGUAAGGAGGAGAGCGUUGGGAAGAGCGGUGAGGAAAGUGAUGAUGGGGGUGAUGAUGGGGGUGAUGGGCUGAUUGAGGGGGAAGAUGAAGAAGGGCUGAAGCAGACCAAAAGUAAGAGUAAGAGUAAGAUUAAGAGCAAGGUUCAGGGAGUGGGAAUGAAGGGGAAGACAGGUAGUGCAGCAGGCAAGUUAGAGGAGGGGGAGGAGGGGGAGGGGACGGAGGAGGAGAAGCGAGUUAAAGGAAGGGACGGUGCUGAUGAUGGUGGCGGUGGUGGGAACGAGAUUCGUUCCGUUGCUGGAGAUGAAGAAGGGGUGGAGAGGGCUGAUGGUGGGGAGGCUGCAGUGGAUGGGGCGGCUGAUGGGGAUGAGGUGGGGAAGAGGCAGCGCAAGGUGAACAGUGAGGAGGAGGUGACAGAGGAGGAGAGUGAGGGAGGGAAAGAGAAGGAGAAGGUGAAAGAACGAGCGACAGAGAAAAAAAGUCAGCGAAGGAAGGAUGGGAAAAGUGUGGACAAGAAAAGCACGGAGGGGGAGGAAGUGGAGGAGGAGGGGCAGGAGGAGGUGGUGGGGGAGGUGAAGGGGAAGAAGGGGAGGAAGAGCAAGGCGAAGAGCGAGUCUGCUUUGGCAGGCGAGGCCACCGCAGAGAGUGAGGCGACUAGCAGUGAGAGUGAGGCGAAAGGAUCAGCAGAAGAUAAAGUGGCAGCUGACAAUGACACCACUGGUAAUGCCACCACACGUCGUAGUGACAAUACUCCUCACACUAGCAGCAAGAGUGGAGCUGCUAGCAGUGGCACAAAGGGCGGGAGGAAUGAGCCUGAGGUGGUGGAGAGGGAGUGGGAGGACGUGUCUGCAGAGGCAGCAGGCAACAGGACAGCCACGGCAGCAGGUACAGCAGAGGCGGUGGGGAGCGCGGCGGCAACGCUGGCAGCGGAAGGCAGGGCGGUGCAGGAAGGAGAGGACCUUAUGGCUGUGCCUGAUAAGGUGGGGCAGGCGAAUGGAGCAGAAGAGGCUCGUGCAGAUGCGGAUGCAGAGGCACGUAAGGGUGGAAAGGGUGGGCUGGCUGGUGGUGUGAACGGGGGUGCGAAUGGGGGUGAGGCGGGUGGUGUGGGCGACGGAGGGCAGGAUGCAGUGGUGGUGCGGAAGAAAGUGGGAGAAGCAGGGGAAGGAGAAGACGCAGGAGGAGGAGAAGCAGCAAGGCAGGAGGAUGACAAGGCAGGUGUGGCGAAGACUAGAGGUGGGGACAGCAGGUCAGAGAAGGGAGAGGGUGUGGCUGGGGUAGGCAGGGAGGCAGCAGGGGUGGUGAAGAGCGGCGGAGAUGAGCCGGGGGGGCAGCAGGAGAGUGGCGGGAAGGAGGAGGUGGGUGGGGACGAAGUGGAGGAGAGGGAGAUUAGUAAGGCGGUGAAGGGGAAGAGCAAGUCAAAGGUGAAAAAAGGCAAGAAGAAGUCGAAGGAAGUAGGGGGAUUGUCAGAGGGGUUGAGUGAGGAGGAGAAGGAGGAGGAGAAUGGAGGGAAGGCGGUGAAGGGUGUGAAGGGAGUGAGGGAGGAGGAGGGAGAGGGGAGUGUGAAGACCGAAAAGCAGGUGGACAUGGCAGGGGAGUCAGGUGGGGCAGAAGGGGCGGAAGGAGCAGAAGCGUCGAAAGGGGUGGAAGGAGGAGAAGGAGCAGAAGGGGCACAAGGGGAUGUGACGGAAGGUGGCGGGCGUGCAGUUGGUGGUGGGCGCAGGGACAAGGCGGUGGAGAAGAAGAGGGAGAAGAAUGUGUCGAAAUCCAAGAAGAAGAAGGUGAAGGGGGCAGGCAGGAAGGGCCUGAGUGACCUUCCUGCCUGA